UCAGAAACCUUAUAAAUUUCAAGAGUGGCAUAUAAAAGUUACUGGUUUUACGUUAGAAAUAUAAUUUUGUGAUUAUUAAAAUGGAAAAACUACAAGAGUAUCAAGGAUUUUCUGGUCGUCUUCAUCAAUGGCGGGAUAACUUUAAAGAAAGAUUUCAUAAUGACAACGAAGAAAACACGUUAAACUUGUUCGAAAAAGCUAAAAAUACGGCUUUGGGUCAAUUGAAAGGCAAUAUCAGCGGAAAUGAGGAUUAUUCACACGUUUAUAGAUACAAAACCCGUGCAGAGUUAGUGCGCGUCUCCGCUGCAGUGAUGGGCAUUGAGUUUUCAUAUGCUGCUGAAACAGCGUUUGUGUCACCCACAUUGCUGAAAAUUGGCGUAGAGCAUCAGCACAUGACGUUGGUGUGGGCGUUGUCUCCGCUGGUAGGAUUUUUUCUAUGCCCUAUACUAGGGUCCUUUUCAGACCGUUGCAAGUUAAAUAUGGGACGUCGUCGUCCGUUUAUAAUUCUUUUGUCAAUAGGAGUAUUUCUUGGAUUAAUUUUAGUACCAAAUGGAGAAAAUUUGGGUUAUUGGUUGGGCGAUGUAGAUCCACAUUUGCAACUUACUGCUAUCAAUACUACUUAUAAUGCUUCUCACAAUUUUGUGAACUUAGUUCCACACAGAGCCUCCGCGUCCACAUCGGAAGAUAAGGGCUUCUCUAAAACCUCACACCCUUGGGGAAUAUUUUUUACAGUUCUCGGCACAGUUCUUCUUGAUUUUGAUGCAGAUGCCUGCCAAAGUCCUUCGCGAGCAUAUCUUUUGGAUGUUUGCAUUCCUGAAGAUCACGCUAAGGGAUUGUCCACGUUUACUAUAAUGGCUGGAUUAGGUGGUUUCUUUGGUUACUCAAUGGGCGCAUUGAAUUGGGAUGAGACCGAAAUUGGCCGACGAUUGGGAGGACAUGUCAAGGCUGUAUUUACUAUUAUCACAUUUAUAUUCCUCGCCUGUGUGUCCUUUACAAUAACCAGCUUUAAGGAGAUUCCACUUUGGUUGCUAACAAAUCCAAAGUAUAAAACGAGUUCACAAGACCAACAGCACAAAUCGUGUUUAAACUAUGGUACUAUUAUUAAUGACGAUAGUAACAAAAACAUUGAAACUGUGGAUGAGGCUGUCGUGUCGGUUACUUCGGAUAAUUAUUACAACAUCCAAGAGAACGUUGAUGAAACCACAUUUACUGAUAACCCGGAUAACACAGUCGAAACUGUUAUUGAUUCUACAGGACCUCAAGAGGGCGUUGAAAUAGAAUCGCUCACGCAUUACCUUCUUUCGAUUAUCCAUAUGCCAUACUCUCUACGCAUUGUUUGCCUUACGAAUCUCUUUUGCUGGAUGUCACAUGUGUGCUACUCACUCUAUUUCACUGACUUUGUGGGUGAAGCUGUUUUUAAUGGUGACCCUAAAGCUAUUGAGGGCUCUGUUUCGCAACAAAAAUAUGAGGAAGGUGUUCGAUUCGGCUGCUGGGGAAUGGCAAUGUAUUCACUUUCGUGUGCUUGUUAUUCGCUUGUCAUCGAUAAGCUUAUUCAGCGAUUCAAGGCAAAAACUGUAUAUGUUGGUGGACUUUUGUUCUAUUGCACUGGAAUGACUUUAAUGGCUCUUACGCGUGCUAAAAGCAGUGUCAUUAUAUUCAGCUGGACGGCUGGAGUCAUGUACUCAACUCUCUUUACCAUGCCGUACUUGUUGAUUGCGCACUAUCACUCAAUAGGCACAUUUGAGGUGGAUGGAGGUGGCCUCGCUAAGCUAGGAUCUGGUGUCCGAGGUUUGGGGACUGAUGUUGCCAUUGUCAGCAGUAUGGUUUUUCUAGCUCAAUUUAUUUUGUCGAUGUGCAUGGGCAUGAUUGUUAAGAUUUCUGGGACGACAACUGCUGUUAUAAGUACGGCCAGCUUCUUGAGUUUUUGUGGUGCAUUAUCAGCAACCAAAAUUAUUUAUUUAGAUUUAUAA